AAGCUGUAAACAAACGACAGUCGGCAGUAAGGUCCUCUCCCUUCGAGCGAGACGUGAUCGGCGAAGGACAUCUGGGAGCCGACGGCGUGACGGUGGUUUUGGGCCGCCCUCGGAUGAAUGCGUUCCUCGCACAUUCCUCGGUUAAUUCCGUCUUCCUCGACCGGCUGUGGCGGCAGAGAACUUGAUGGGUUGAACGCGGUUUCUCCCAUUUUUUUGCUGGAAAGGGGUAUGCUGAAGUCAUCAUGGUUUCCGAGUUUGUAGAUGGGUGGACUAUUGCCCAAACCUUGGGUGAAGGUGCUUAUGGAGAGGUCAAGCUGUUACUAAACAAUUCAACUGGAGAAGCUGUGGCAAUGAAAAUCAUAGACCUCCAUAAGCAUCCAGAUGCACGAACCAAUGUUAAAAAAGAGGUUGCCAUCCACAGGCUCAUGUCCAAUUCCAAUGUUAUCCAAUUCUAUGGACAGCGGCGGGAAGGAAACCUGGAAUAUCUGUUUUUGGAAUAUGCUGCUGGUGGUGAAUUAUUUGAUAGAAUUGAGCCAGAUGUAGGGAUGGCACAGUGGGAAGCCCAGAAGUAUUUUAUGGAGCUUAUUUCAGGAGUGGAAUACCUGCAUAGUCAUGGAGUAGCUCACAGAGAUUUGAAGCCUGAAAAUUUACUACUUGAUGAGCACCUUACCUUAAAAAUAUCAGACUUUGGAAUGGCCACCAUCUUCCGCAUGAACGGAAAGGAGCGCUGCCUCGAAAAGCGGUGUGGAACCCUACCUUAUGUUGCACCUGAAGUGUUGAUGCGCGCCUAUCAUGCAGAACCUGCCGAUAUUUGGUCAUGUGGAGUCAUUCUGGUGGCCAUGCUUGCUGGAGAGCUGCCAUGGGAUAAACCAACUGUAGACUGCCCGGAGUAUCUUGCUUGGAAGGAUGGUAAAAGCAUGGGAGUCACCCCGUGGUCAAAGCUUGACAACAUGAUCCUUUCCUUGGUCCGCAAGAUCUUGAUUCCCCUGCCAUCUGGAAGAUACUCCAUUCAGAAGAUAAAGAACCAUCGUUGGUUCCAGAAGAAGCUUCAGAAAAAUCUAAUGUCUACCCCUGACUGUGGGCGCCCAGGUUUACCCAAGCGUUUGUGCUCAGGAAGUGAUCUUUCUCCACCCUUUGGCAUGGAUGACACCCGUCUAUGUCAAUCUCAGCCAGACCAUCACUUUGGAAAUGGGAAUGCCAUGCCCAAUGACAACUCUGUAAAUGGCCUAGAAGUUGAGAGACCUGGGUUCUCCUUUUCUCAACCUGCUCAAAUUGAGGAUCUUCUGCUCUCAUCCCAAUUAAAUCCAACUCAACAUACACAGAGCAGCACUGGCAGUCAGAAUGUGUUCCAAAGACUUGUCAGGCGAAUGACUCGUUUCUUUGUACGUACUAAUGUCGAGGAUUCGGAGAAGUUGUUAUGCAACCUUAUGGAGAAACUGGGCUCCUCCUGGAAGGUCCACACACCGGGAGUGAUUACUAUUACUACAGUUGACCGUCGCAAGAUGCAACUUAUCUUCAAAUCCAGUGUCAUUGAUAUGGAUGGGAAAACACUGUUAGAUUUCCGACUGUCAAAGGGAUGUGGCCUGGAAUUCAAAAGAUUGUUCUUAAAAAUAAGGACUGCGUUGGGAGAUGCUGUUUUGAAGGGGCCUGUGAUGUGGCCAAUAGCAAUUGCUACAAACUCUGUGCCCUGAAGUUUUAGUUACUUUUGUUUCAAAUAAUUGAGGGACCCAAAAAAUUGCUGUUAAUGAAUUCUGUGCAUUCUGUGAUUUAUACUUUGUAAGUACCAUCUGACUAGUGUUGGUACUUGAGUGUUCAUACUUCUGUUCAUUCAUACCUUUAGUUAUCCCAUUUUAUGCAGUAUGUACCUGAAAAUAUUGUUGUGCUAAGUGAUCAAACUUUUUCGAUGUUGCUUCUUAUGUGACUUAUCUGUAGGAAUAUAAAUAGUUUUGUCUCAAAUCUGGAGAGUUUCAGGUUUUUCUGUCACCAUGUGUGGUGUAGUGCCUUCAUAUUUCCUGUACUUGUGAUUGUUUUCUUAUUGAUCUUUGUAACCUUUGCAUAUUGAGUCUUUUAGAAUUAGGUAUGAUGUGACCAGUGCCUUUUUUAUACCUCUGUAUUUUUUCAUUCUGAUAAUAAAUAUUAUCCUAAAUCUUAACUUC